CUGCCUAUGACUCUGGUGGUGGGCUUCACCUGUACAAGUGUGCUGACCAUCACGGUGGAAUUAAUCAUCCCAUACAUCAGGAUUGUGAACUUGUUGGAUAAUAUAGACUUCUUUCUGCAUAACCCCUCGAGGGUUAACCUAUUACAUUGACUUUAUAACACACGAAGUCUGGGUGCCAUGGCGCAGUUCUAACCCCCCUUUUUUUCCUUAUUCUGUCACAAUACCAGCAUUCUCUACCAUCUUGUAAUCAUGGACAAUCAUACAAUAAAUAAUGUGUUUUACCUAAAUGCUUUUGCAUUUGACAUAAGACUAAAAAGUUUUUUUUUUGUUUUUUUUCUCAUCUUAUUCCUUAUAACAGUUAUUGGGAAUUUGUUUAUAAUUAUACUCACACAUAUAGACUCUCAUCUUCAGACCCCAAUGUAUUUCUUUCUUAAGAAUCUCUCCUUUCUGGACAUCUGUUACACUUCUACAACUGUUCCACAAAUGUUAGUAAACCUCUUGAUAAAUCAUGUUGCCAUAUCAUUCCCAGCAUGCAUAAUUCAGUUAUAUACUUUUUUAUCUUUAGCUGCUUCUGAAUCCUCAUUACUGGCAACAAUGGCAUAUGACCGAUAUGUUGCCAUAUGUAAUCCCUUAAGGUACUCAGUUAUAAUGAGUCGGGAUGUUUGUAUCCAUAUGGUGGUUGGUGCCUGGGUAAUUGGAAGCAUAUAUGGGAUAAUUCACACUGUUAACACUUUUAGGCUGCCAUUUUGUGGGCCCAAAGUGCUUAAUCAUUAUUUCUGUGACAUUCUACCCCUAUUUAAGAUUUCCUGCAUCAACACGUAUGUUAAUGAGGUAACUGUCUUUGCUGUUGGUGGUUUUCUAAUGAUCGGCUGUUUCGUGUUAAUUUGUGGAUCUUACAUUCAUAUUUUAUUUUUAGUUUUGAGUAUACCAAAAGGUGGUGGACGAAUGAAAGCAUUUUCCACAUGUGUUUCUCACCUUGUUGUUGUUCUGCUAUUUUAUGGAAGUGGAAGCUUCAUGUACAUGAGGCCAAAAUCAAAUCUACUAGCAGACAAGGAAUGGCUCUUAUCCAUUUUUUACACCAGUAUUACACCUCUCUUAAAUCCCAUUAUUUAUAGUUUGAGGAACAAAGAUAUCAGAAAAGCCCUUCGAAUAAUUCUAAACUCUCACUGAUGUGAAGUAAUUUCUAAAAAAAAUAAGUCUAUGUUAAUGUAAAAGUG